AAAUUUAGAGGGGAAAAUGGCAAUUGGGGGUGUUUGUGUAGAUUUAAAGAAGCAAUAUUCGUUGAAAAAUAAAAAGAGAAGAUUGCAAUAUCGUAGAAAAAGAUCAUUGCCUUUAAAUUCGUCUAAAAGAAAAAGAGAAGAACGUCCUCUGCCGUCAGAAUUUAAUAAUAAUAUUGAAAAUCAAAAUAAUUUGGGGGAUGAAGGGAAUAAGGAUAAAUUGAUGCCUGUAGACUUGAAAAACAGUCCAAUAACCCAAAAUUCAAUUCAACAACAAACCCAACCAGAAAUACCAAACCCUCAAACUGGGCAAUUCUCUGAAGGAUUAACAAUUUUACCAAAAGAAGAAAAUUUAAAAAAUGAAGAACAAAAUGGUCAAACUUCUUCUAUACAAUUAGGGCAUGAAUGUCAAAAUGAGGGGCAAAUUUGUGGUCCUUCUGGAAAUGCAAACUGUUUACAUGGAUUUUGUCGUUGUGUUGAGGAAUUUGUUCAGGCAGGGACUUCUUUGUGCCUUCCUAGAUCUAAAAUAGCAAAUCCAAUAAUCAAUCCUGGCUAUAAUUGUGCAGCAGGUGAUUUUUGUGAUGGAGGGGCUACUUGUGUACAAAACGUUUGUCAAUGCCCAAAAGGUUAUUUACCCCAACAAAGAAGCUGUGUUAUUCUGGAAGGAAAGAAUUAUUAUAAUAGCACAAUUUUAAUAAUUGGAAAUGACGGGAAGCGUUUAGUUAAAAAGUCCCCAGGCCUUAAUUGUCGCCAUAACCCCCAAGUUUGUACAGGCGGUUCUUUUUGUUUUAAUGGCUAUUGUGUUUGUCCAGAAGGGUAUGAAGAGCGUGACGGUGAAUGUAUUGUUCCUAAAAUAUAUGGUAAAUCUCUAAAAAAGGAUUUUAAAAAUAAUUUUAAUUAAAACUAUCAAGUCGAACCCGGAGCUAGCUGUGAACGCCCUCCUGGAAUUAUAGCACAAGUUGAAUGCCUAGGUAAUUCUGUUUGUGCUAACGGUUUUUGUGUUUGUCCAAAUGGGGAACCGAUUCAAAAUAAGAUGUGUGUUACUGUUAAUUCUAUUGGUAAUGUGUUUAAAAUUUGAAUUAUAGGUCGUAAGGAACAUCCUGAAAGGGACAUCUUUCACCCACCAUCCAUUGUUCCCUCCCCCUAUUUUUUUUAUUUUUUCUUUUAAU